UCCUUGAAAUAUAAGAACGCAUAACGAGCUGAAAUUCCCACGCUAUUUCACCAACAAGGACGACUUGCAUCUACAUGUAUUCUGGGUUCACCAUCACGGGCUGAGUGACACUGAGCUGAAUUUGUACAGCAGUGGUGACAAAGGAUUGACAAUGCGCGUAAUCCAUGCGAUUAUUUUACUUGGAUUUCUUUACCAGCACGGCCAAAGUGAAUCCACCAGCCCUGAAGAUGACUCUGCCAACGGGACCGAAACCACAUCGGAAAACAACAAAGUGGUUACCAUCACUGCUACCCCCGUGGGCUCCCUAGCCACAGAAAAUAACUCUAUGAUAACAUCCCAAGGCUCUUCCCCUUCCCAAACAACGGUGACAAGCUCAGGUGGAACUGAACCUUCUUCCACUACUGACGUCAGAAGCUCUACUCGCAUUAGUACCAUGCCCACCAGUCCACAACAGGUCACCAAAACCUCCCAAUCAAGCUCCACACUUUUUACCCCUUCUACUGUGACCCAAAGCCCAGUCCAAACAACCACAGCUAUGGAGCACACAGCAGUGCAGCCUGUGUCGAGUUCCACCACUGCAGCAACCACAGGGGUCUCUUCCAAGCCCAGCCCAACAACAGAAACUACGGUCCAUAUAACCCAGAAACACUCAGCAUCCACCUCCGGCAGUAUGAGCCAGCCUGUGGUGACCAGCAGCACUUCUGCAACCAAGAGCACAGCCAUAGCCCCGGGCACGAACAGAACCGGCACCACGGCUGUACAAAGCUCUCAAAAGCCCUUCAGUAUGACCUUCUCUACAGAGGACAACCGGGGGGAGGACGGACGUGAGAAAGACCUGUAUCAGAUCUGCCAGGAGCUGAUGAAGAACAUGCAGAAGGCUAAUUGCACACUGCAGGGGCAUUAUGGGGAAAACAAGAAGAUUAUUUUCGAAGGUGCAGUCAUACACGUUAGCCCUGCGUAUUUGGAAGAAUAUUACAACGACCUCAAGAGACCGACACCUGACAACUCCACCCUGACCAUCAUCCUGGGCUCCUGCAGUGCCCUGCUGGGCGUGAUAAUCUUCCUCACCACCUACACUGUGUGCCGCCUCAAAGCCAAGAGGAAGGACCAGCAACACCUGACAGAGGAGCUGCAGACGGUGGAGAACGGUUACCAUGACAACCCCACUCUGGAGGUGCUGGAGGUGCAGUCUGAGAUGCAGGAGAAGUCCGCCCUGAGCGCGGAGCUGAGCGACAGCUGGAUCGUCCCCGGAAACAGCCUGGCCAAAGAGGACAUGGCUGACGAGGAGGACACGCACCUGUAGGCCAAGCGCUUUGACCCCUGAAGUCAAGGGUCAACACGGAUAUACCACGUGCCAGUCAAAGGAUGACUGCAGUCGCCAUAGAAACACUACCAUGCCGGGAAAGCAUACGCGCUGUGUACACACGUUGGUGUUGUUCCUUUGUUAUCUCACAGACUGACCUUCUGGCCACCAAUAUAUGAAAUCAUUGAAUAUAUGAAGUGCCAAACUCUCACUUCCAAACCCAAAUUUACAAUCUUUUGGCACAAAUCUGUACCUUGACUGUCAUGUGAUUCCAAUCUGCACAAUUAAACUGAAUGUACAGUACAGUAUUUUAAUCUAUAAAAUCAAGUGUAAAAUUAUAUAUUUAUCUCAUAUGGAUACUGUGUAAGGGGAUGUGAUAAACACAUUUGCAAAAUAAUGUGUUACAUACAAUUCAAAAUGAUGUUUCCUACAGCUAAGGCUCUCUGGGUAGUGGAUUGCAUAUACUGCCACUGGGUAAUAUACCUGGUCUGGUUGACUCUCUAGCAUGAGAUCUUUCCUAUGACAUGCUUUGCUAAUAAAACAACAGUCAGUUUCUGAUGAACCAUGCAUAGCACAGAUACUGGCCAGUAUAAAGCAUAAUGCUGAUUAAAACCUGCCAAUCACAAACUGUUCAUUUAGAGACCGCGUCUGGGGUCCAGCCUACCUCUGGGAUUGUUGACUGUUUGUACCAAAAAGAUAUAUUGCCACUAGAGGUCAGUGUUCUACAGUCAGAAUGCACUUUUGUUUUCUUUUUAUUUGUUUUCUUCACUUCUUUUCUGUGUUUGCCUUACUGUAUGUUGCAUCUGCCCCAUAAAAAAUACAAAG